AAAUGUCAGUUGUCACCGGCCGGAAACGCCUAAGGAACACCGUCGCCUCCGAUGUUCAGAACAAUCUCUCACUUGCGAUCUUCUUUAACCCCCAAAUUUUCCCUUCCUCAAGCCCUACGUCACUUCUCUCAAUUCUCCAUCUAUCUACCGCCUACUCCAACUCAAUCAACCCACUUCCCCGUUAAUCCAUCACCGACUCCAUUAUCUUCAUUCCAUUCUCUGUCAUCGCCUUGUAGCUCUCUUCUUCUACAGAAGCAUCAAGAUGGGUCAGGAGAUGACUUCAACACGGACCCUAAAAGUCCUCCAAGGCUAUUUGUUGUUCAGCCUCGGUUUCGGCCUGAUUCGGUUCUCAAGCCUAAGCUUGAUGAGGCACUGAACCUGGCUAAUUCCCUUGAAGAAAGAGAUGGGUUCUACGAUACUGAGUUUCUUGAUAAACAAACGCCCCCUCAUCUUGUCGUCCAAAAUCCAGCUUCCCGAUCAACUCGGGCUGAUACAUUUUUUGGACCUGGAACUGUAGAUACAGUGAAAUGCCAUGUAAAUUCUUUGGAUACUCAGCAGGAAGGAAUAGAUGCCAUUUUUGUAAAUGCAAUUCUUACUGGCAUACAGCAGCGAAAUUUAGAGCGCUCUUGGGGUAAACCUGUUCUGGACCGUGUAGGCCUGAUAAUAGAUAUUUUCAAUGCACAUGCUCAGACGAAAGAAGCUAAGAUACAGGCUGAGUUGGCCGCACUUAUGUACAAAAAAAGUCGUCUUGUUCGUGUGCGCGGUCCUGGUGGACGUUAUGGUUUUGGAAUAGGUGGAGAAGCUGAAGUAGUUAGUGCCAGAGGGAGGGGAAGUGGUGGACGUGGUUUCAUUAGUGGUGCUGGAGAGACAGAAUUGCAGCUUCAGCGGCGAAGAAUUUUAGAACGGAGGAAUCAAUUGUUAUCUGAGAUUAAAGAGGUUCGUCGUACGCGAGCAUUGCAGCGUGCUGCUCGUAAGAGGCAUGGAGGACCAGAUGGUCAAGAAAUGCCUACAGUUGCUCUUGUUGGUUACACAAAUGCUGGGAAAUCUACUUUGGUUAGUGCAGUGUCAGAGAGCUAUCUCUACUGCGAUGAUCGAUUGUUUGCCACAGUGGACCCCAAGUUAAGAAGGGUCAUUCUCCCGUCAGGAAGGAAAGUGCUGCUCAGUGAUACUGUGGGAUUCAUAUCAGAAUUGCCUAUACAGCUAGUAGAAGCCUUUCAUGCAACAUUGGAAGAGGUUGUUGAAGCUGACCUCCUUGUGCAUGUUCUGGACUCAAGUGCACCAAACCUAAAUGAGCAGCGGGAAGCAGUGUUGCAAAUUCUCGGGCAGAUAGGAGUCUCUGAGCAGAAGCUCCAGAAUAUGAUUGAAGUUUGGAAUAAGAUUGAUCUUCACGAGGAUUUUGUUGGAGAUGGUUAUUGCAAUGAGGAUGAAGUUCCUAGCGGGUCAGAAGAAAACAAUGAUGUUGCAUCCAAUAAAUUGUGUGAAGAGGACCUCCUUGACUAUGAUGAUAAUGAAAAUGAGGACUUUGAGCAAUCAGGCAAGCUUGGAGAGGUCAUAGAUGAUCAACAAGGUAACUUCUCUGAUGAAUGGUUGGUCUCAGGUGAUGAACAAGAUUCCUGGGUUGACGGUAAUGGUUCCUCGGUGGGCUGUGGGAGUGCAGAGGUACAGCAAAAUGACCCCUCUAACAAGUGGGAGGUUGUUAGACGUAAAACUCAGUUCGGAUCUGAGUCUGCUCCACAUGUCAAGACGUCUGCCUUAACAGGUGUUGGGUUGCAAGAGUUGCUGGAGCUUCUUGAUGAAAAAUUGAAGCCCCAGAAAGCCAUAGAGAAGGAUAUAUUUGACCGCAAAUGGAGACCACCACGCGCAGAAGAUAGCAGAAUAGCGGUGGAACAAUAGUAUUUAUAAAGAAAAAGAGAAAGCUUCCAUAUCAAGGCAGCUGUGGAAGCUUUAACACAGUUAGGAGGAGUGGACUCGUGACUAACAACUAUUUACAUGCGUCUCCUUGACAUGGAAAUUCAAACAUGGAUUGGAGCUGCCUUUAGACUUUGGCCAUCAGUUAUUUGGAAUGACUUCACUCCCACUGUGAAUGCUAAUAAGGUUAUCCUAUAUCUGGUAUUUCUAUUCUCUGAAUAUCAAGAGUUGCUUAUCAAAGUACGAAUGCCUAUUGUAACUGGUUCACAGGCUCUUACAUGCUUCUGGCUUUCACACCCAUUUUCAGCACACAGCCUGUAGUCUGUAGAUGCUGUGUGUAUCUCCUUCAUAUUACAUCAUGUACUUUGAAUAACUCCGUGAGCCGUGUCAUAUUAUAUGUUGUAGGAGGUUUAAAUGCCGUGAGACCAUGAGAAUAUUUGAAACUUAAUUCAGUGAAUUGUGUUCAAGGAAGACGAAGAAUAGUAUGUUUGUGCUGCAUUGUACAAAUUGAAUGGUUCAAGUUGAAUCUAAAGCUUUAUGUUGCGAUGCA